AUGUCCGUCACUGGGAUCCAGGUACAUUCAUGUGGACCAUACCCUUCCCAGUCCACAAGGUUUGAGAGAAGAAACAUGAUGCAGAUGUGGGUUUUGGUGGUGACCGCACUGCUUGUCAGUGAUGUGGCAGGGUCUCAGCAGAACCUUGAAAAACAUGGAAUAUUCAGAGGACACUGUGAGGAAGACUGGUUUUAUUUUUCUCCUUUAAGCGCCUGUUAGCGGUUUUUCAGUAACAAAAUGACAUGGGAGAAAGCUGAGAAUUUCUGUAAUCAAGAAGCAAAUUGUGGACAGCUGGCUUCUGUGAUCUCAGACGAACACAACAUCUUCGUUUCUAAUGUGAUCUUUAUCGUGAACCAAAAAACGACAAAGGCUUGGAUUGCCCUGAAUGACAUUUGCAAGGAAGGGAAUUUCACAUGGAUUGAUGGAUCAUUGUACAGUUACAGAAACUUUGGUACGGGUGAACCUAAUGACAAAAACCAAGAAGAAGAGUGUGUGAACAUUCAUCAUUUCCAUAAGUAUUACAGUAAAUGA